GAAUGCAAUCAGGCGGUGUCUGUAGUUUAUAUUGUUAACAGCCUGGAAUACAGUUAUUGCACUUGUAGCAGAAAAAAAGUAUGCAAAGUAAUUUUCAGCUUGGAAAAGUCAGCUUUAUACUGUCAUUUAUACUGUAAUUGUGGACAGAUUUUAUUACAGUCAGUAAUAAAUGUACUGACUGUAACAGAAAUGAACAGGGAGUCUUAAUUCAUAAUCAUGAACAGGAAAACAGUGCACGUGAAAUUAUAUCAAAGUAUUAAUUAAAUUGUGUUAUAUAUAUAUAUAUAUAUAUAUGCUUACAUUAGCCUAAAUUAAUGAUAAGAAGUGCUAUCCCUAUCACCCAAAUGUUACCCCCCAAAUAAUUUUUGUAUAGUAUAGCCCGUAAAUCUUUCCGACAGUCAGUGAAUGCAGCACUAACAGCUCACAUUGCGCCCCAGCAGGACGCAUCGGGAACAAACAGGCAGCAAACUUUGAUGAAGCAAAGAGCAUCCAGUGUCAUCAUGUCUCUGUCGGUGCAGUUUGGAGCUCUGAGGAGCAGAGAGCUGCGAGAGCUGCUGGAAGAUGAAGACAAAAUAAAUCACAUCAUCAGGUGUAGUGACAAGUUUCAGGGUCUGCAGAGGGCUGCAGAGAAGAUGUUGGUUUCAAAUCAAAAAAUGGCAAAAGUCGGUCUUUCUCACAAACCUCAAUUUAGAGACGCUAAGUUGCUACUUGCAAUGAAGUACAAGGAACUGGAAAAACUUAGAAGCAUCAUCCAGGUCAAACAAGAACAACUUGGUGAGUUUUGUUUGUUUUCUGUAAUAUUUAAUCUGGCUGCCAUUUACAUUUGCUCAUUAUGUUUUGCAGCAGAAAAAUACAGCUUGCAUUAUGCUCAGUGGUGUCUCCUGAAGAAGAUCAAUCAUGCAGAGGAGGAGUGUGAACUGCUGUUUCAGAGGUUUGCAGAGGGGAAAACGCCUCUGGCAAAUUUCCUGGAGUCCUUUCUCAGCUCACGGAAACUCCAACACAUCAGGUCGAUCCUGGUGAAGAAACUCCAGGACACGAUUGAACUUAAAUCAACACAAAUUGUCAGUGAGAUUCACCCCGAUACUUUUCCUGAGCGAGUCCAUAACGCCUGCCUCCCAGUCUGCGGUCUAACCACAGCUGUCCUCUUACCUGCAUGCUGCCACCAGCCUCCGUUCCUGCUGCCCUUUGGCACCCAUGUAAACGCUGCCCAGUGUCUGCAGCAUGUACCAUUUUGUCAUGAUUACACUGAGUCCCUGCGUGCAGGAGUGCAUGGACGAGGCCUCAAAUGGCCAGCAAGACCCGUCCGUCUUCAGCCGCUGAAGGUACAGCAGAGAAGGCAGCAACAUGGACCGCAAUGAAGUCUAAUCCAGUUGCAGAUAGGUUAACAAAGUGAAUGCUCUUAGAUUUAGACUUUAUUUUAAUUUCUAUUUAUGUCUUGACGAGAUAUUUCCUAAUCAAAGUCAGAACUUUACUUACUUUUAUUUAGGCAAAGUUCUUGAAUGAGUGUUUGUGUUCAGACAACGUUAAACACUGAUGGACAGAUGUUUGGCAUAUUUUGUAAGGUAGAAAAAAUAUUUAUACAUCUCGAAUUCAGGUAUAUUGGCAGUGGUAUUAAAAAAGUGCAAUGUAUAGACCGUGCAUGGAUGUUAAUUAUAGAGGCAGUAAAAGAUUGUUUUUCAUCAUGAUAUAUUACGUUAUAGAGUUAAGACUGUUCUGCAGUCAGAUUUGAGACAACAGAAGUUAUGAGUACACACUGAGAGCUUUAGAUGUUUACAUAAUUUAUAUUAGAUUGAGAUAAACCUGUCAAUUUAUGUAGAAUCUUUAAGCAAGUUUGGGAAUAUAGUUUGUACUUUUGACUUAGUUUCUCCUGAAGAGAGCCUCUUUGAGUGAGGAAAACAAACUAAAUACUCUAAACUGCUGACAAAUACUGAAUACUCGAACGUUAAGAGUUGCCCCUUUAGAAUCAUCCACACAAAUCCUGAGGUGGAAUAAAGACUCUGAACACUUAAAAGACAAUACAAACUCUGGCUGUUAAUCUGAUAAUCCAGCACCAACUCUGUAAAGAAAUACUGUCACCUAUUGCAGUUUUUCAGGUUGCUUUGCCAACUUGACAUUGGUGACAUUUACCAAAAGUUAGUGACGGGCUCGAAAUGUAGUACCAUAUAGUAUAUUAAAGACAUCCGUAAUUUACUGUAACACUAAACACAUCUCAGUGCGUUGUAAUACAAUGUAUAUCGGGUCACUUAUCUGUAGAAGGUAGAACAGUAGAACACAAGUGCCCCAUCAAUAGCUGUUUUAAGAGUUUUUGUUACAAACUUUGAUCCUUUUGUGCAUAAAGUGUUUCUCAACUAAA